AUGUCUUCUACCACUCGUCAGACUACGUGGCUCAUUACCGGAGCCUCCCGCGGAAUUGGCCUCGAGCUCACCCGCCAACUGCUUGAGUCCCCCAACAACCUGGUGAUCGCCGCAUGCCGCACCCCCGAGAAGGCGACCGCGCUCAGCGCGCUGAAGAGCAGCGCGAAAGGCACGCUGCACGUCGUCAAGCUGCAGGUGGACGAGUUCGACAGCAUCCGCGCGCUCCCGAAGGCUAUCGCGCCCAUCCUCGGCGACGGCGGGCUCGACUACCUCAUCAACAACGCCGGCAUCCUGAAGGACGACACGCCGCUGACGCUGGACCCGGAGGUGCUGCUCGAGACGCUGCGGACGAACACCGUCGGCCCGGCGCUGGUGACGCAGGUGGCGGUGCCGUUCCUCGAGAAGGGCGCGACGAAGAAGGUGCUGAACAUCUCGAGCACGCUGGGGAGCAUCGCGAGCGCGGAGACGUUCGGGAAGGGCACUGUGACGUCGUACUCGAUCAGCAAGGCUGCGUUGAACAUGCUUACGUACAAGCUGAAGCAGGAACGGCCGGAUUUUAUCGCGAUCACGUUGUGCCCGGGUUGGGUUAAAACAGACAUGGGCACGCAGGCGGCCCAACUCGAGCCCGCGGAGAGCGUCGCCGGCAUCCUGAAGGUGAUCACGGGUGCGACCGCGGCAGACAGCGGGAAGUAUUUGAGCCAUAGCGGCGCGGUCAUCCCGUGGUAA